AUGAGUUCUAGAUGCAAUGUUGUUGCAAAAUUGCAAAAUGCCGAAACUGGCAAAAGGAAACGGUUUCACGAUAAACUAAUGGGCAUGUACCCACACAAAUACGAAUUGAUAUCGUCCAAUCAGCAAAACGGCGACUGUUCCAUAUGGGUCACAGCGGCCAAGCUAGAAUUAGACGAUGGAAGCUGGGCAUGUCAAGUCACUGCCAACGAUUUUUACAUUCAAGACACUCUUACCAGUCAUCCGGUUCGUUUGGUUGUCAGAGGUGCCCCGCAAGUUUUGCGAUACACGGCAACGCCGGAAAUUUUCGUCGAAAGCGGACAAAGUAUGAAUUUGAGCGUGGUCGUUUGCGCUGAUCCCAGACCGAGAUCGGUCGCCUGGGAAUGGGGCUCGCUCAGAUUGCAGGGUGGCAAUGAGAUGGGAAAAUUCAAAAUAAACGACGUGAUUCAAGAAGAGGGAGAAGAUUGCUAUUUAACCACCAUCCACGUGAAAGAUACUUCGGUGACGGAUUCGAGGACUUAUUAUUUGCUUGUGGAAAACGACAAGGGCAGAGACACGCACGCCGUUGAAUUAUACGUGAAUGAGCCACUACAAAUGAGCAUAUUGGUGAUCGUAGCUGGUGCCUUCCUAGACGGUCUCCUGGUGCUGGUUUGCGUCUGCAUCUACGCGAUUAAGGCGGAAAAAUGUAAUUUUUCAAGUAACUAA